AUGUCUGUCAAAAAGGCAAUCUUCCUCUUCGCCGCCGCUUGCUUGUUGUCCGCUCCGAUGGCAAAGGGGAGUCCGAGCAUGGCCCCCACAUCAUCCGGCUGCGCCCAUUUGAUCCGAAAGACCGUCUACAAGGACUUUCCAUGCCAAGCCACCUACGUUUGCCUUGCUGGAUAUAGUCAUCAAUGCGGACAUGGGCUGACUGGACAGGCUGAAAAGUGUGAGAACUGCAAAGAAGAAGACUCCAUCGAGCUCUGGACAAGCUGCCCAUAUGUUGGUCACCCCCCCAGGCAAUGUGCAUACCAUAAUGUACCAGUUGGAGCCCGCCGCAAACGUGGCGGUCAAGACUAA